AUCGAUUACUGCACGCGGUCACACUGGCGCAGCACUCGCACAACUAAAUGCGAAAAAGAUAAGCGACAUUUCAAUUAGGAAUCAAGCGACAAUGAAGCUGCUCCCGCUGAUUUGGCUGCUGAGCGGCCUGCUUCUGGUUGCCGGCGAGCAGAAGCCGGUGGUCGAAACCGCCGCCAAGGACUCAACGUCGGGAACCCCCGCCUUGAUGGCCACCGGAUCCAAAUCGGAAUCAGCAUCAGGGACUCCAGGCGCCGCAGUUCAAGGCCAACCCAAGGAUCCAGUAGUGCAGCAGCAACCAGUGCAUCAGGAUAAGGAUACCAACAAGACGGCGCCGGUGGAAAGUGCAGGCAAAAAUAGGAAGCGUACGGAUACGGCAGUGCCCCAAUCAAAACCAUCGGUGGAGCAGAAGUCAACCAAAGGAAACGAGACGGCCAGCUCCUCCUCCACCACAAAUGCGACCACUUCUACCACGACCACAACCACAGCCAAGCCUGUUGCAGGAUCACCCAUAGUCACCGAGGGCCAGUCAAUGAAAGAUGUGACCAAUAAGGGCAAGUCCUCGACAGCCACUUCUUCCAGCAGCAGCAGCAGCACUACCACCACAACAACUACAACUACAACCACUACCACUACCACAACCACUCCCAAGCCCAAGAAACCUACAGUGGUGGUAAGCUCGGAGGUGCACCAGGAAUGGGAGAAGGAGGUGGAGCAGCAGAAGGGCCAGGAGAAGCCCGGCACAAAGGCCACUCCCGCCCAGCCACCGGCCACGCCCUCGGAGCCGCUGGUGCAGGGCCUAACCGGCAGCAACCUCGCCGAUCGCGGCAACAACGGAUACGUGGUGCCCAUUGUGACCGUACUGCUCACUGUGCCGCUGGCCAUCGGCGUGGUGACCAUCAUGUAUCGCCGAUUCCGUGACAUGUGGAGCACCAGGCACUACCGUCGCAUGGACUUCCUCGUGGACGGCAUGUACAACGACUGACGAAGGCGCGGACGACAGCCAGGCGGCGGGUGCUGCUCCUCCUCCGGUGCGCUCGGAUGAUUAUUAGUUGUUUAAGUUGUAUACAUACAUCGACUGGGUGCGCUUGCAUCCAAUGCAAGUUCUCCGGAACGAAGAAAGAGUGAGAGAGGAGGCAGCGGGACGAUGGACACAAAACUAGGAUAUUGCUCAGUCAAUUAAAGGAGUAAGGGAUUUGCUUUGUAGCGUGGCUAGGAAAAGGAGACCCUUCCGAGCGGCCAAAAUUGAAUUUAAACCAACUGAUUUUCUACGCGUCAACUCGAGCGAACAUUUAAGUUUAAGGAUUUGGAUUUAUUUCAAGCAUUUGUUAACAAUCAAAUUGAUACCGACACUUAUACAUAUAUACCCUGUAGAACUACAUAAGACUAUGUACACCAGCUGCUGUAUAUUGGAGGCUGUAUAUGACGAUCAAUCGAAUCGGACUCUCAUCGAUCAGCGCAAUUAGAGAUCACUCAUUGUAUCCACAAUCUAGCCGUAAUGUGCCUUACGAAUCAGCUCUAUACAUACAUACAUAUAUACCUUUACACAUGAUAUUCUCAUUCUUCGAAGCUUACGAGAUGAACUCUCCGCAUUUACUUUACGCAACAACACUUACUCAAAAUGAAAGCAGCAGAAACCAAAAAAUCACAAGCAAUCGGCCUGAAUCAAGGAAAUUUAUUGCAUAACGAUAUAUAUGUAUACAUAUAUUUCUUGUUGUUAUCAGAGGAACAAUUACAAUAAAGCGAAAGGCAGUCAAAUCGAA